CCGCGCUCGCUCCCGGGAGUCUCGCGGUGACAACUCACUUAGGUCAUCGCUCGAAGAGAAAGGAUUUGCAAAUGGAGGAGGCAGAAAUAAUCAUUCUUUGAACGACAUAAGGUACUUCUAGCCAUGUCUGAGUCCCUGUAUGAGAAGUUCUUGGCCCCAGAGGAGCCCUUCCCUCUCCUCUCCCAAAGAGCCAACCUCAGUGACGUGGGAACCCUGGAUGUCAGCGACUUUGGUUGUCAACUCUCAUCUUGUCACCGAACAGAUCCGCUGCACCGCUUCAACAGCAACAGGUGGAACCUGACUUCCCGUGGGACCAGCGUUGCCAGCUCGGAAUGCAGCGAGGAGCUCUUCUCCUCUGUGUCUGUGGGGGACCAGGAGGACUGCUACUCCCUCCUAGAUGACCAGGAACUCACUUCUCUGGACCUGUUUCCAGAGGGCAGCGUUUGCAGCGACGUCUCCUCCUCCAUCAGCACCUACUGGGAUUGGUCCGACAGCGAGUUUGAGUGGCAGUUACCAGGAAGUGACAUUGCCAGCGGCAGCGAUGUCCUCUCUGACAUCAUCCCGAGCGUGCCGAGCUCGCCCUGUCGGUUUUCCAAGAGGAAGCCCAAACCCCAUCCUCACCGCAACCUGGAUGAGUUACCAUGGAGCGCCAUGACCAACGACGAGCAGGUGGAGUACAUCGAGUACCUGAGCCGGAAGGUCAGCACAGAGAUGGGCCUGAGAGAGCAGCUGGACAUCAUCAAGAUCAUUGACCCCUGUGCCCAGAUCUCCCCCACCGACAGCGAGUUCAUUAUCGAGCUCAACUGUCUCACGGACGACAAGCUCAAGCAGGUGCGUAACUACAUCAGGGAGCACGGCCCCCGGCAGCGGGCCGGCAGCACCAGAGAGGGUUGGAAGAGGAGCAGCCACAGCAGCGCCAGCACCGGCGGCGUCAGCGCGGCCAGCAGCAGCAACGGCAGCAUGGUCAGCUCCGCCAGCUCCUCUGCCGGCUCCACGGCCUCCAACUCCGUGGCCGGCGGUCCGGCCUCAGCCUGCAGCGGAGGCAGCGUGGCCAACAUCAGCAGAGCUCACAGCGACGGCAACCUCUCCAGCGCCGCGGAGCGUAUACGAGAUUCUAAAAAGCGCUCCAAGCAGCGGAAGCUCCAGCAGAAGGCUCUGCGCAAGCGGCAGCUGAAGGAGCAGCGGCAGGCCCGCAAGGAGCACCUGAGCGGGCUCUUCCUGAACGAGGAGGUGCUGGCGCUGCGGGUGACGGAGGAGGACGACCGCGGCGACGACCUGGACAUACUGAUGUGACAUCAGUGAAACUACCAGUGCUCCCUCUACGCCAGACCCCCCCCACCCCCCCACGCUCCUGCCCUCCCUCCCCCCAGAGCACCAGAAACCGUGUUGGAUCACGGCAAAGCCUGCCUACAGCAAUAAUGCUAACAUACUGCUCAUGCUUUGAUUAAAUGUUGACCUGUCCAGCCUGCUUAAGGCCAGUUCUAAUGCUGCAGCAACUGCGUGUGUGUGUGUGAGAGCAUACACACACACACACACACACACAGAGUUGUUGCAGCAUUACACCCACCCACCCACCCAUACACACUGUACCGUGGUGAGGUAUUUGAGCUUAAUACAGCUAUAGUAGAUGCUGUCCCCACUCAUCCAGCCGUCGCUGGCAGAAGGAGAGGUUCCUGUCUGUGACUUCCAAGGGGAUGGAGCUAUAUGCAUUGUGGCAGCAUGUCACAUCCACCCACUGUCCCCCUGGGGCUCUGGAUGAAACCGCUGCAGAUGGUGAUGUGGCGCGUCGCAAAGUGGCUCGGCAGUAUCAGAAAGCGCUUUUCAAGGUGACAGCAGAUUGACUGUAGAUAAGAGUGUUGUCAUGGCGACAACUAUGAAGAGCUAUUUCUAAAUAGGGGAUGCGUGAAGUUUCCUGCCUGCCCCUUAGCUGACAGAUGUCCGUCUGAGCUGUGUCCGUCUUUCUACCCCUUGAAUUUCGCGGUCCCCUUGCCCCCCCCCCCCCCCCCCCCGAAGGCCUAGAAGGAGCACUGAAUCUGUAUGCUGACGUUGUCCCGCGUCCCCCCGCAGUUCAUAAACUACCAACUGGCUUCGUUAAUCGCGGACACCUUAUGUAUUGUAAAUACAUGAUAAAUAACAGCUUGCUAUUUCUCUUUCCUUUCUUUGCCUUGGUGAUAAAGGUUUGAUAUCACAUUUUCUUUUUUCCUUGUGUGCGUGUAUAUAUAUUUAUAAAUAUAUCUAUAUUUAUAUAUGGGUAUAGAUAUAUCUAUAGAUUUAUAGAUGUAUAUAUGAUAUGGUAGUGGACUAAUAGGUUAUCGUAGCUCAAAUGCUGCCACUGGUUCCUUUUCUGUACUUGAAAUCUUAUUUUGAAGCGUUUGGCUGUUUAGUCACAAGUACUUAAGUUUGUUCGUCUCGGACAUCAUUUAUUCCUCUUUUUUUGUUUCCCCCGUAUCUUUCCCCCGAGACGGACUAAACGACUGGUUUACUCCCGCGACGGUAUCCUGUCGAACGACUCGACCACUGCGGUACCUUGGAAGCACUCGAUGGUCUUUCUAAGCCGUUCUCACUGAUCCCGUCGCGUCUGCCUGCCUGCCAUGUGGCCUGUUAAGUUUUUUUGCCGCUGAACUUGGGGCUGGUUUCUUAAGUGCGUGUGCCCCGACGUUGAGCCGUGCUGAUGGGGACAACGGCACCCCCCCCCCCCCCCACACACACACACACAUCCUCUUUUCUCCCCAGCUUUGUGUGGAGUCGUUGCUGCCAUGCUGUGGUCAUAAUUUGCUGUGAGUAAGAGUAGAUUUCUUCAUUUUUCUGUUUCUCACACCUUCGUGCUGCUCCCCAGUUGUCACAAACACGAUGAAUCACAGCAGAUGUUAUUUACUUUAUGUGUACUGGGCUCAUGGCUCUUUGUCUGUCUCAUGUAUAAAGUUACUCAUCGCAGCGAUAACGCAAAAUGACGCUUUAUGUAUUCUGUAGUUAUGAAUUAAUAAAAUUCUAUUUUGGAAAAUAAGAUACUUUUGAAAAAAAAAACUAAGCGUGAUGCAACAAAGGUGUUUGUAUAUAAAGUAUAAUGUAACGGCUGAUAAUUUACCUGAAUUAAAUGUGGUUUAAAAGAAGUUUGAGUUCAAACAGAACUUUUGGGCAGACUGGUUGAGUCCAACAGAUCUGAACCAUCAGCUACAACACCUUCUACAUGUAUUGGUUCCUUGCAGACCGUCCCAUUGACUGUAAACACGACAAAUAAACUAACGCUGCAUCCUAAUGUC